CCUCUGACGCGCGCUCUCCUUUUCCGCGGUUACGCCCAACUGCUAUAACACUCGCCUCCUCUGACCCCCGGGAGCCUGCGACCGAUCCCCCUCGCCGGCGAACACAACCGCACAAACGAACGCGCCAUGGUGUCCGCGCGCAAGGGCCAGGGCCGCGGAGGCGGGGUCCGAGGCCCUCCCCGCGUCGACGGUGGCGGCGGCAGCCUGGCUUCGCGCGUGGCCGUGCUCGCCUUCUGCGUCGCCGGGAUCUGGUCGUCCUACAUCACCCAGGGGAUCCUCCAGGAGACGCUAUCGACGAAGCGAUUCGGGCCGGAGGAGCGGCGGUUCGACCACCUCGCGUUCCUCAACUUCGCGCAGAACGUCGUCUGCUUCGUCUGGUCCUUCAUAAUGAUCAAGCUGUGGUCGGGCGGUAGCAGCCCUGCCGGGCGGGCGCCGCUUCUCAAGUACUGGGGCGUCAGCAUCACCAACACCAUCGGCCCGACCAUGGGGAUCGAGGCGCUCAAGUACAUCAGCUACCCGGCUCAGGUUUUGGCAAAAUCUUCUAAGAUGAUUCCAGUUAUGUUGAUGGGAACUCUACUCUAUGGUGUUAAGUAUACACUUCCAGAGUACUUUUGCACCUUCCUUGUUGCCGGGGGCGUGUCAUCCUUUGCAUUGUUGAAGACAAGCUCGAAGACUAUCAAGAAGCUUGCUAACCCUAAUGCUCCUCUUGGCUACGGAUUGUGCUUCCUCAACUUAGCUUUUGAUGGCUACACUAAUUCGACCCAAGAUUUGAUAAAGUCCAGGUACCCCAAGACUAACCCUUGGGAUAUAAUGCUUGGCAUGAACCUCUGGGGAACCAUAUACAAUACUGUAAUUAUGUUUGUGGCGCCAUUACUGUUCAGUAAUUGGCCAUAUGCAAACGGUUUUGAGGCGGUGAGUUUUUGCCGCGAGAACCCAGAGGUAGCCUGGGACAUUCUCAUGUUCUGCCUAUGUGGCGCUGUGGGUCAGAAUUUCAUCUUCCUAACCAUCAGCCGAUUCGGCUCUCUUACUAACACUACCAUCACCACCACCCGCAAGUUCAUGAGCAUCGUCAUCUCAUCAGUUAUCAGUGGUAACCCACUAUCCAUGGAGCAAUGGGGAAGUGUCGUGAUGGUCUUUUCUGGCCUCUCUCUCCAAAUAUAUCUCAAAUGGAAGAGAAAGAAGGGCAGGGAUCACAAGGAAUGAACUCAAUUCUUAUAAGCACAUUUUGAUUUGUAGCUUUCAUUGCACACAUUUGUUGUGGAGAUAUCCGGGAUAUCAUUAAUGUAGCCCGUUGAAAUGAUAGGAAAGAGAUUUACAUUUACAGAAAUGUGUGACAUGUAUGGUAAUCGCUAAUUAGCUAUUUAAAAACCGCUGGGUAGUCUAUUCUACUCAGGGGAGUUGCAUCA